GUCAGUGUGGAGUGGAGGAGAGCGCAGAGAGGGAGCAGGACGCCGGGAGGAGACACGUUCAAACUACCAGGACAAGAGUGAAUGUGAGAUCAGGAGCAGCACUGACAGAGCAUGAAGCUGUUUUUUCUCUUAUAUGGAUUAUGAUUUCCGUUUUUCCAACUCUUCACCGGGCUGCUUUCAUCACUCCGGCGGCGCUGCGCCUCAGAGGAAUGUGCGCAGCAGCUUCUCCGGGACGCAUCUGAACACAGAGCGGAGCUAAGAGAGGAAAACAUAUUCAGCUCGAUUCAAACUUCUUCACAAUAUCACAUUGUUUCUGUUUUAAUGGGACAGAUUCCUCCGGACGCCUUGCGUAUUUUUUGGAGACUUUUACGCAUUUUGGAGACUUUUGCCUGCUGACUGAAAUGGGUGAUGGAAAUUGACAUUUUGUGCGUGAACAGAGGAUAAUAACUUAAAAUCUUUUUUACCCAAGUGCACUUCUUUUUCCGGCGAUGAUUGUGCUUUUGCUCGCGCUGUGCAUCGCGGAUGGAGUGCUCUCUCAGAUUCGCUACUCUGUGCCGGAGGAGGCAGACCAUGGCACCUUGGUGGGGAAUAUCGCCGAGGACCUGGGACUGGACCUUACCAAACUGGCCUCACGCCGCUUCCAGGUGGUGCCCAGCUCUCGGACACCAUACCUGGAGGUGAACCUGGAGAACGGAGUCCUGUUUGUUAACGAAAAGAUCGACCGGGAGCAGAUCUGCAAACAGAGCGCGACCUGUCAGCUUAAUAUGGAGGUGUUCCUGGAGAACCCGUUGGAGCUGUUUCGGGUGGAGAUCGAGGUGGUGGACAUAAACGACAACCCGCCCAGCUUCCCGGAGACCGACAUCACGGUGGAGAUCUCAGAGAGCGCCCUUCCGGGAACCCGCUUCCCCUUGGAGAGCGCAUUCGACCCGGACGUGGGCUCUAACGCUUUACGCACGUACGAUAUCACCACCAACAACUACUUUUACCUGGAUGUUCAGACCCAAACGGACGGAAACAAGUUCGCGGAGCUGGUGCUGGAGAAACCCCUGGACCGGGAGCAGCAGGCGGCGCACAGGUACGUGCUGACCGCGGUGGAUGGCGGUCAGCCUCCCCGAACCGGCACCGCGCUGCUGGUGGUGAAAGUGCUGGACUCGAACGAUAAUGUGCCGGUCUUCGACCAGCCGGUCUACACAGUGAGCCUCUCUGAGAACGCGCCGGUGGGCACACUGGUCAUCCAGCUGAACGCCACCGACAUGGAUGAGGGAUUAAACGGGGAGAUUGUUUACUCGUUCAGCAACCACAUCUCCAGCCGCGUAAAGGAUCUGUUCAGCAUAGACCCGCGCACCGGGCGCAUCGAGGUGCGCGGGGAGGUGGACUUUGAGGAGAGCAGCCUUUACCAGAUCUUUGUCCAGGCCAAAGAUCUGGGUCCGAACGCCGUGCCUGCGCACUGCAAAGUGCUGGUGAAAGUCAGCGACGUUAACGACAACGCGCCCGAGAUUACCUUCAGCACCGUCACCGAGUCCGUGAGCGAGAAGGCGGCUCCGGGGACCGUAAUUGCGCUGCUGAGUGUGACGGACCGGGACGCAGAGGAGAACGGACAGGUCCAUGUUGAAAUCCUCGGAGACGUUCCUUUCAAAUUAAAAACCUCCUUCAGGAACUAUUUCACCAUCGUGACGGACGGGCCGUUAAACCGGGAGCAGGCGGACUCCUACUCCGUCACGGUGGUCGCGCGGGAUAAAGGGACACCUUCUCUGGCUGCCAGUAAAUCCAUCCGGGUCCAGGUGUCUGAUGAAAACGACAAUGCGCCCACAUUCACUCAGCCCAUCUAUGAUGUGUAUGUGACAGAGAACAACGUGCCAGGGGCGUACAUACACGCAGUGACGGCCCUGGACCCGGACGUGGGCCCCAACUCUCUCAUCAGCUACUCCAUCUUAGAGUGUGACAUCCAGGGUAUGUCUGUGAAGACCUACGUGUCCAUCAACGAGGAGACGGGCUACCUGUACGCCCUGCGCUCCUUUGACUAUGAGCAGCUGAAGGACUUCACCUUCAUGGUCCAGGCCAAAGACUCGGGCACCCCAGAGCUCUCCUCCAACGCUACAGUCAAAGUCAUCAUUGUGGACCAGAAUGAUAACGCCCCCCUGGUGCUGGCUCCCCUGGGGAAAAAUGGCACAGCCAAGGAGCCCCUGCCCCGCUCAGCUGAGCCAGGCUACCUGGUGACCCGCAUUGUAGCCAUGGAUGCAGAUGAUGGAGAGAAUGCCCGGCUGUCAUACAGCAUCCAGAGGGGCAAUGAGAACGGGAUGUUCAGGAUGGACUGGAGGACAGGUGAGCUGCGGACUGCCAGGCGGGUGUCAGUGAAGAGAGACCCCCACCAACUGUACGACCUUCUGAUUGAGGUGAGAGACCAUGGACAGCCGCCCCUGUCCUCCAGCGCCAGCGUCCUGGUGGUGCUGGUGGACAGCGUGGCAGAGGGCCGGGGCGGAGGGGAGCGAGGAGGCGCCGCCAAGGCCAAAGAGGGAACCCUCGACCUGACCCUCAUCCUCAUCAUCGCCCUGGGCUCUGUCUCCUUCAUCUUCCUGCUGGUGAUGAUUGUGCUGGCCGUGCGCUGCCAGAAGGAUAAGAAGCUGAACAUUUACACCUGCCUGACUAGUGACUGUUGCCUGAGCUGCAGCGCCUGCUGCUCCCGGCAGGGCCGCGCCCGCAAGAAAAAGCUCAGCAAGUCGGAUAUCAUGCUGGUGCAGAGCGCGGGUAACGUCAGCGGGGCUGGGACAGCUCAGGUCCCCGUGGAGGAGUCAGGGAGCUUCGGCUCCCACCACCAAAACCAGAACUAUUGCUACCAGGUAUGUCUGACUCCAGAGUCUGCCAAAACCGACCUCAUGUUCCUAAAGCCGUGUAGUCCGUCUAGGAGCACAGACACGGAUCACAACCCCUGCGGGGCCAUAGUGACAGGGUACACAGACCAGCAGCCUGACAUCAUAUCAAACGGCAGCAUUUUAUCGAAUGAGACCAAACACCAGCGAGCCGAGCUCAGCUACCUGGUGGACCGGCCGAGACGUGUCAACAGCUCGGCGUUCCAGGAGGCCGACCUGGUCAGCUCCAAAGACAGCGGCCACGGCGACAGCGAGCAGGGAGACAGCGACCAUGACGCCACCAACCGAGGCCACUCCUCCGGUGCCGACCUGUUCUCUAACUGCACAGAGGAGUGUAAAGCUCUGGGCCACUCGGACCGCUGCUGGAUGCCGAGCUUCGUGCCCUCCGACGGGCGCCAGGGCCCGGACUACCGCAGCAACCUCCACGUGCCCGGCAUGGACUCGGUCCCGGACACAGAGGUAUUUGAAAGCCCCGAGCAGACGGCUGAUAAGUCGUUCUCCACGUUUGGCAAAGAGACGCCUCUCAGUCACCUCCACCAAAACCACCAAAACCACCACCACCACCACCACCUCAAAAACCAUCAUCACCUCAGCCUCAGCCAGCAGCAGGGCUCCAUAGAGAGGAAAGAGUUGGAAGCAUUUCUGCCUAGCUCCAGAGCAACUUUUAACCCCGCUUAUUUCACGAGGAAAAGGGUUUGCUAGCUCCUUUCGCGUGGACAUACCAGAGACCGCGUGACUUUGCACAAUCACUCCUCGACGACCAAGGCUAUAAAAAAGAAAAGCAGCAAAUUUUGAACCCUCAUCGCCCCGCCCCCCCCACCCCACUCCCCACCCACCCAACCACCCCACCCAGGAAGAACUACAGAUCCAAACACACGACUACACAUGAAUUAAGGAAGUAAGAGAUCCCUCCAUCCUGGACUUCCUUGGUGCACUGCCGGGCUUCGGAGACUCCUCCGCCACCUUCGGGAUCAGGAGCAACCCGACUUUUUGUAGGGUGGCGGGGGGUGCAGGCAGGUCGAUGGAUAGCCUUACUGGGAGGACCCUUUUUGUCUCAGCAGGACUGAGAACCUUACAGAAGAAGAAGAAGAGGAGGAGGAGGAGGAGGAGGAAGGACUCUGAUGACGGAGAGAUAAACCAGACUCUGAUCCGUCGGAGCUUUUCCAAUCUGUGUGCCUGUUUACAGCACUGACGGAGAAUCAAACCAGAGCAGGACUUGCUUAUGUGUGCCGAAAAAGACUACUAGAGAGACGAGAGCCACUCGGAGAAAACCGCCACUGAGCCCUUUAGGCGUUUGUACUCGCAGAGAGACGCCAAAUUGUACAGGAGAAUCUUUGUGCAUUUGAAAAUGCAAUACCACUGUUUUAGAUUUUUCUAUUCUGUUCGUGUGGUCAGGUGUCUCUAUUCCAAUCUACUUCAAACUUUGUAAGAAAAGAUUGUGGGCAGGAUAUUUUUUUAUUUAUGUUUUCUUUCAUUUGUUCUUGUUUUGACUUGGGUUUGGUUCGUUCACCUUACGGUGGGCUCGGACGACGUCCGGCUCGCUCUUUUCUGAUUCUGAGGCGUCGAGUAGUUUCUAUCAUGUGUGAGAAGUGUUUACUGUACUCUUUUAAAAAGUUUCAAGCUGAAUAUAAAACUCUAUAUAUAAAUCUAUCUAUAUCUUGUUCUAUAACUUGUUCUGAAGGCGUGCUAUCCGUUUGCUGGGUUCCACAUUCUGAUUCAGAGGUUUAAGCGGCCCUGAAGGAGGCUUUUUGUUUUUCCCACAGAGACAUGCAGAGAGACAGAACAGCCUUAGCAGAUGUAAAACUCAACUUCUCAUUGUUUGACAUUCUUUCAUUCUUUUUUCCACUUUGGGAUAUCGCUGAUACAGCUCAUGUCUAUAAAUAAAGAGGAGGACUUAGAUCGAAGCUCAUGGUAAUUUUGUGUCAUUGUAACCAAAACUUUAAGGGUCCAUUUCUAAAGAGCAGAAACAAAAAGGCCAAAAGCAGAGAGGUGUGUACUCGCUGCGGUGCGUUUCAGUAUGAACACACAUUACUUUCUCACACAUUACAAACACAAACACCAAUAUGCCAACAAUAAACUGAAAAAUGGUGAAAACGAA